AUGGUGAGAAAGGUUUUCCAAGAUGGAAGUCCGAGUGCUUCCAGUGCAGGGGUGUCUGGUGAGGUGGGGGGACCUGGCAAUGUCCUUGUGCUGUGGAUAGGUAGCAUCCGAGUGACCUACGUGGGAGCAGACUCAUUCUGGAGUUCUGCAGAGGUGCUGAUAGGUGAUUCUGCUAAGCUGGAACCCUGCGUGGUCACAGCGCUGGUGAUUUCUGCGAAAAUCCGCUGUAUAGGGGGUCCUCUCACACUCUCUGAGAUAUUUGAAACCAGAAUAGACUCAUUUCAUAUUACUGGCUUACCAGAUAAUUCAAAAAAACCCCGCCUCCUGUCUUCAUUGGAUGGUACAUCACUCUUCCAGAUUAUAUUUGAGAUAAAUCCAUUAGAUGAAACUGUUUCUCAGAGGUGUAUCAUAGAAGCUGAACCAUUGGAAAUGAUAUAUGAUGCAAGGACAGUGAAUAGUAUAAUAGAAUUCUUCAGGCCUCCAAAAGAGGUACAUCUAGCACAGCUCACUUCAGCAACUUUAACAAAACUUGAAGAAUUUCGUGAAAAGACAGCAACAGGUCUUUUGUAUAUUAUUGAAACACAGAAAGUUCUUGACCUCAGAAUUAACUUGAAGGCUUCAUACAUUAUUGUACCACAAGAUGGAAUUUUUACUCCUACAUCUAAUCUACUACUUUUGGAUCUUGGUCAUCUAAAGGUGGCAAGUAAAAUUCGUUCGGAAUUACCAGAUGUGAAACAAGGUGGGCCCAACCUUGAAGAAAUCAUGCAAAGAGCUUAUGAUUCCUUUGAUAUUAACCUUACAAGCAUACAACUACUUUAUAGUAGAGUAGGUGAUAAUUGGAAAGAAGCACGGAAACUCAAUGUAUCUACACAGCAUAUUUUGGUGCCCAUGCACUUCAAUGUGGAACUCUCUAAGGCCAUGGUUUUCAUGGAUAUAAAGAUGCCCAAAUUCAAGGUUUCUGGAGAGUUACCUCUUGUUUCUUUACGAAUCUCUGAUAAAAAACUGCAAGGGAUUAUGGAAUUGGUGGAAAGCAUUCCAAAACCUAUAUUUACAACUGAUGUAUCUGCCCCUGUCAAAUCAAUUCAGGUUCAAGCAUAUACUGGUUCAGGACCGUCACAUAUUUCACAGAAAAUAAUUCCUGUCUUGGAACUUCCACGUAUUACUGAGGAUGACUCAGAAGAAGAAUUUUUUGAUGCACCAUGUAGUCCCUUGGGAGAGUUUCCUCAAGUUCCAGUUAGAGUUAAAAGUACUCAACACAAAAAAUUACAAAAGCAAGAUUGUUCAGUAAAUUUGACUGAGAUUAAAAUGCGAUUUGAAGUAGCAGAGGUUUUGAUUCAAUUUUAUCACCUUGUGGGUGAUUGUGAACUACCUGUGGUAGAAAUUGAUGUUUUAGGAUUAGGCACAGAAGUUGAACUUAGAACAUUUGAUUUGAAAGCAAGUGCCUUUUUGAAAGAGUUCUGCUUAAAAUGCCCAGAAUACUUAGAUGAAAACAAGAAACCUGUUUAUUUGGUCACAACACUGGAUAACACAAUGGAAGAUCUGUUAACAUUGGAAUAUGUGAAGGCUGAAAAUAAUGCACCUAAUUUGAAAAGUACCUAUAACAAUGUUUUACAACUGCUUAAGGUGAAUUUUUCAUCUUUGGAUAUUCAUUUACAUACUGAAGCACUUCUGAAUACAAUGAAUUAUCUCAAUAACAUCCUUCCACAAUCAGUGGAAAAACCAACCUCAGUGUCUGUUCCAGAGACUGAAGACAAAGGAGAUGUCAUUAAAAAAUUGGCUUUAAAACUAUCCAUGAAUGAAGAUAUUAUAACCUUGCAGAUUUUAGCAGAAUUAUCAUGUAUACGGAUUUUUAUUCAAGAUCAGAAACAUAACAUUGCCGAAAUUAAGAUUGAAGGACUUGAUUCUGAAAUGAUUAUGAGGACUUCAGUUAUGGAAAUAAAUGCCAAGCUAAGGAAUAUAAUUGUUUUGGAUUCUGAUAUAAUGGCUGUGUACAAAAAGGCUGUGUAUAUCACUGGAAAAGAAGUUUUCAGCUUCAAAAUGGUUUUUUACACGAAUGUAACUGCUGGUUCUGCAGACACAGAUAUGAAUGUGGUUGACGUUCGGUUUAAUUUAACUGUUGGUUGCAUUGAAGUCGUUUUUGUCACAAAAUUUCUAUAUUCCAUAAUAGCUUUUAUAGAUAAUUUUCAAGCAGCAAAACAAGCCUUGGCUGAAGCAACUGUUCAGGCAGCAGGAAUGGCUGCUACUGGUGUAAAAGAACUGGCACAAAGGAGUUCUAGAUUUGCAUUAGAUAUUCACAUCAAAGCCCCAGUUGUGGUUAUCCCACAGUCUCCUGUUUCUGAAAAUGUUUUCGUUGCUGAUUUUGGACUUAUCACAAUGAAAAAUACAUUUGUUCAAAUAUCAGAGAGCCAGAGCUAUCCCCCACCUAUUAUUGACUUGAUAACAAUAAAGCUGAGUGAAAUGAGACUAUAUAGGUCUCAGUAUUUUAAUGAUGCAUACCAGGAAGUACUGGACCUAUUACUGCCAUUAAAUCUUGAAGUGGUUGUUGAGCGAAAUAUGUCCUGGGAAUGGUACCAAGAAGUUCCUUGUUUUAAUGUAAAUGCUCAGCUAAAACCUAUGGAGUUUAUUCUUAGUCAAGAAGAUAUGACUACUAUUUUUAAAACAUUAUAUGGCAACUUAUGGUAUGAAGAUGUUAAUGCCUCACCUGCUAGUGUGAAAGACCACUCUGGCAAUUCUAAUGGAGUAGCUAAUGCUUCAUACCAUUCAGGAGGAGCAACUAUGGUAACAGCUGCUGUUGUAGAAGUACAUUCACAUGCUUCUCAAGUUAAGACAACACUAAAUAUGAGUUUCAAAACUGAUUAUCUCACCAUGGUACUGUAUAGUCCAGGUCCUGAACAGGAGGCUUUUACAGAUGUUCGUGAUCCUUCUCUGAAACUUGCUGAAUUUAAGUUGGAAAAUAUUACAAGUAAUUUAAAAAUGUAUACAGAUGAAUCAGUAUUUUCUUCUUUCUCAUUAAGAAACUGUAUUUUAGAUGAUAAAAGACCUCACAUCAAGAAAGCAACUCCUAGAAUGAUAGGACUGACAGUUGGGUUUGACAAAAAGGACAUGAUGGAUGUUAAGUUUAGGAAAAUCAGAGAUGGUUCUGUGACUGAUGCAGUCUUUCAAGAAAUGUAUAUUUGUGCAAGUGUGGAAUUCCUGCUGACAGUUGCAAAUGUCUUUUUGGAGGCAUACACAGCAGGGUCUAUUACAGAGACCAAUGUUCAAGCAUGGACUUCUAAAGAAGCACCUGUACAGGAAUCAGAGAAAUGGGAAGUUAAUAUUCUUAUUAAAAACCCUGAAAUUGUGUUUGUGGCUGACAUGACAAAAAAUGAUGCUCCUGCCUUGGUCAUUACAACACAAUGUGAAAUUUGCUGUAAAGGUGACAGUAAAAAUAGUACAAUAACUGCUGCUAUUAAAGAUCUCCAAAUCAGAGCAUGCCCAUUUCUUCCAGCCAAGAGAAAAGGCAAAAUCACUACUGUUUUGCAGCCCUGUGACUUGUUUUUUCAGUCUACUCAGACAGGUACAGAUCCACAAGUGAUUGAUAUUUCAGUAAAAUCCCUUACACUAAAGGUUUCACCAGUUAUCAUAAAUACCAUGAUUACUAUAACUUCAGCACUUUAUACAACUAAAGAAACCACCCCAAAAGAGAUGGCUUCUUCUUCAGCACAUUUAUGGGAAAAGAAGGAUACAAAGAAUUUAAAAAUGUGGUUUCUUGAAGGGUCAAAUGAAACUGAAAAAAUAUCUCCCUCAGUUGAAUUGGUACCCAAAGGAGAGAUGAUGAAAUUGAACAUUGAUUCUAUUUUUCUGGUUCUUGAGGCUGGAAUUGGUCAUAGAACAGUGCCUAUGCUUUUGGCAAAGUCAUGUUUUUCAGGGGAAGGCAAAAACUGGAGUAGUCUAAUAAAUCUCCACUGUCAGCUUGAGCUAGAAGUUCAUUAUUAUAAUGAAAUGUUUGGUGUAUGGGAGCCUUUGCUUGAACCAUUAGAAAUUGAUCAGACUGAAGACUUUAGACCAUGGAAUCUUGGAAUCAAGAUGAAAAAGAAAGCAAAACAAGCUAUUGUUGAGUCAGAUUCUGAAGAAGAAAACUACAAAGUGCCAGAAUAUAAAACUGUCAUCAGUUUCUAUUCAAAAGAUCAGUUAAACAUUACAUUAUCCAAAUGUGGCCUUGUAAUGUUAAGUAAUUUAGUUAAGGCAUUUACCGAAGCUGCUACUGGAUCUGCACCUGUCUUUGUAAGGGAUCUAGCACCAUUUAUGAUUUUAAAUUGUCUUGGACUUACGAUCUCUGUUUCACCAAGUGAUUCUUUUAAUGUACUCAAUGUUCCUCUGGCAAAGUCAUAUACAUUAAAAAAUAUGCAAAGUUUAAGUAUGGAUUAUGUCCGAACUAAGGACAAUGACCAUUUUAAUGCAAUGACCAGCCUAAGCAGCAAACUCUUCUUCAUUCUUCUUACUCCUGUUAACCACUCGACUGCUGAUAAGAUUCCUUUAACAAAAGUAGGACGAUGUCUGUACACUGUAAGACACAGAGAAUCUGGAGUUGAAAGAUCUAUUGUUUGUCAAAUUGAUGCAGUAGAAGGAAGUAAGAAGAUAACAGUUCGCUCACCAGUGCAGAUUAGAAAUCAUUUUUCAAUUCCAAUCUCUGUUUAUGAAGGAGAUACUUUAUUGGGAAUUGCUUCACCUGAAAAUGAAUUCAACAUACCAUUAGCAUCUUACCGAUCAUUUCUUUUUCUGAAGCCAGAAGAUGAGGACUAUCAAAAGUGUGAACCAAUUGACUUUGAAGAAAUUAUAGCAAAUGAUGGAGCUCUUCUUAAGAAGAAAUGUAGAUCUACAAACCCUUCUAAGAAAUCAUUUAUUAUUAAUAUCGUCCCUGAAAAAGAUAGUUUGACAUCUCUGUCAGUAUAUUCACAAGAUGGUUGGGACUUACCUUAUAUAAUGCAUUUGUGGCCACCCAUCCUACUUCGAAAUCUUCUUCCUUAUAAAAUUGCUUAUUAUAUUGAGGGGAUUGAAAAUACAGUUUUUACUCUCAAUGAAGGAUAUUCAGCCCAGGUUUAUACUGAACAAGUGGAUAAAACCAAACUACAUUUAAAAUUGCUUGAUUAUCUUAAUCAUGAUUGGAAAAGUGAAUUUUAUAUAAAAUCUAAUCAACAAGACAUUAGUUUCAUCAGUUUUACCUGUGUUACAGAAAUGGAAAAGACUGAUUUAGAUAUUGCUAUCCACAUGACUUACAACACUGGUCAGGCAAUCGUGGCAUUUCAUAGUCCAUACUGGAUGGUCAAUAAAACUGGCCGAAUGUUACAAUACAAAGCAGAUGGAAUUCAUCGAAAGCAUCCACCUAAUUACAAAAAGCCAGUUCUCUUUUCUUUUCAGCCAAAUCACUUUUUUUAUACCAAUAAGGUUCAGCUUAUGGUAACUGAUAGUGGGUUGUCAGAUCAGUUUUCAAUUGAUACUGUUGGUAGUCAUGGAGCCGUUAAAUGCAAAGGCCCAAAAAUGGAAUAUCAAGUUGGUGUCACUAUAAACCUUAGCAGUUUUAACAUUACCAGAAUUGUGACAUUUACUCCUUUUUAUAUGAUUAAAAACAAGAGCAAAUAUCAUAUAUCAGUGGCUGAAGAGGGAAGUGAUAAAUGGCUCUCUCUUCAAUUGGAGCAGUGUAUCCCCUUUUGGCCUGAGGAUGCUGGCAGUAAACUUCUUAUUCAAGUUGAAAGGAGUGAAGGUCCUCCAAAAAGGAUAUAUUUUAACAAGCAAGAAAAUUGUAUUUUAUUGCGUCUGAAUAAUGAGCUUGGAGGUAUCAUAGCAGAAGUUAAUUUGGCUGAGCAUUCAACCAUUAUUACAUUUUCAGAUUACCAUGAUGGAGCAGCUACAUUCCUGUUAAUAAAUCACACUAAGAAUGAUCUUGUUCAGUACCAACAAAGUUGUCUCAGUGAUAUUGAAGAUUCCCUUCCUCCUGGAAAAGCAGUGUUUUAUACCUGGGCUGAUCCAGUGGGCUCUAGAAAAUUAAAGUGGAGUUGUGGAAAAAGCCAUGGGGAAGUAACACAAAAGGACGAUAUGAUGACACCUAUAAAUUUGGGGAAAAAGACCAUUUAUUUAGUUUCAUUCUUUGAAGGCUUACAGCGUAUUAUUUUAUUCACUGAAGAUCCAAGAGUGUUUAAAGUGACAUAUGAAAGUGAGAAAGCAGAGUUAGCAGAGCAAGAAAUUGUGUUGGCAUUACAAGAUGUUGGAAUUUCUCUUGUCAACAAUUAUACAAAGGAAGAAGUAGCCUAUAUAGGCAUUACAAGUUCUGAUGUGGUUUGGGAAACAAAGCCCAAGAAGAAGGCAAGAUGGAAGACAAUGAGUGUAAAGCAUACUGAGAAGUUGGAAAAAGAAUUUAAGGAAUAUACUGAAUCUUCACCCUUAGAAGACAAGGUUAUUGAGUUGGACACUAAUAUUCCGGUUCGCUUCACACCUAGUGGGAUUAACAUGAAAAUUUUGCAACCACAUGUACAAGCUAUUCGAAGAAACUAUCUUCCAGCAUUAAAAGUAGAAUAUAGCACAUCUGCACAUCAAUCAUCAUUUAGAAUUCAGAUUUACAGAAUACAGAUUCAAAACCAGAUUCCUGGUGCUAUUUUUCCAUUCGUGUUUUAUCCUAUUAAACCUCCAAAGUCUGUCACGAUGGACUCAGCACCAAAACCCUUCACAGAUGUCAGUAUUGUCAUGAGAUCUGCAGGACAUUCGCAGAUAUCACGUAUUAAGUAUUUCAAAGUGUUGAUUCAAGAAAUGGAUCUCAGGUUAGAUCUUGGUUUCGUAUAUGCUCUAGCAGACCUCAUGACAGAAGCUGAGGUGACUGGAAAAACAGAGCUUGAACUAUUUCAUAAAGAUAAAGAAGCUUUUGAAGAAGAAUAUGAGACAGUUUCAUUGGUAGAUCAAUCACAAGUCAGUCUCUAUGAAUAUUUUCAUAUAUCUCCUAUCAAGCUGCAUUUAAGUGUUUCACUGAGUUCGGGUAGAGAAGAAGCUAAAGAUUCAGAGCAUCAUGGAGGACUGAUCCCAGUUCAUUCUUUAAAUCUUUUGCUAAAGAGUAUUGGUGCCACCCUUACAGAUGUACAAGAUGUAGUUUUUAAGCUUGCUUUUUUCGAACUCAACUAUCAGUUCCAUACAACAUCUGAACUACAGUCUGAAGUAAUAAAACACUAUUCAAAACAGGCCAUUAAGCAGAUGUAUGUACUAAUUCUUGGACUUGAUGUUUUGGGAAAUCCUUUUGGCUUAAUUAGAGAAUUUUCAGAAGGUGUGGAAGCAUUUUUUUAUGAACCUUACCAGGGGGCUAUCCAGGGUCCUGAAGAGUUUGUGGAAGGAAUGGCACUAGGACUUAGAGCACUAGUUGGUGGAGCUGUCGGUGGAUUAGCUGGGGCUGCCUCCAAAAUCACCAGUGCUAUGGCUAAAGGAGUAGCAGCUAUGACUAUGGAUGAAGACUACCAGCAGAAGAGAAGAGAAGCAAUGAAUAAGCAACCAGCUGGGCUUAGAGAAGGCAUUACUCGUGGAGGAAAAGGCUUAGUUUCUGGUUUUGUGAGUGGCAUUACAGGAAUUGUUACAAAACCAAUCAAAGGAGCUCAAAAAGAAGGAGCAGCUGGUUUCUUUAAAGGUGUUGGGAAAGGUUUAGUUGGAGCAGUGACCAGACCAACUGGAGGCAUCAUAGACAUGGCUAGCAGUACAUUUCAGGGAAUUAAAAGAGCUACAGAAUCUUAUGAAGUGGAGAGUCUACGACCUCCUCGGUUCUUUAAUGAAGAUGGAGUUAUCAGACCUUACAGGUUGAGGGAUGGUACUGGAAAUCAGAUGUUACAGGUAAUGGAAAAUGGAAGAUUCGCAAAAUACAAAUAUUUUACCCAUGUCAUGAUCAAUAAAACAGAUUUGUUUAUGAUAACUAGAAGUGGUGUAUUGUUUGUAACAAAGGGAGCAUUUGGACAACUUACAUGUGAGUGGCAGUAUAGUUUUGAUGAAUUUACCAAAGAGCCUUUCAUUGUUCAUGGGAGAAGAUUGCGUAUUGAAGCAAAGGAACGGGUGAAGUCUGUAUUUCAUGCCAAAGAGUUUGGAAAAAUAAUUAACUUCAAGACCCCAGAGGAUGCAAGGUGGAUCCUCACAAAGCUAGAAGAAGCAAGAGAACCUUCUCCAAGCCUCUGAGGGAUAACCCUGCCUGAAGACACAGCAAUCCAUUACUACAGCAUCCAUACUGUUACUUCCUAACACCUGUUGGGGAAGCGUGUUCUAGGAGUGAUUUUGAGUAUACUGUAUUCUAGAUGAUUUUUAAAAAUCAGGUAAAACAUCUAUGUGAUUAAAAUUCAUCUCUUCAGAGAACCAUUCAAUUUUCUACCAUGAAUCAAGAAAUAUUUGCUCCAGGUUAUUCUCUGUUGUGGUAGAGAAGUUGCCUGUAGCUGGUCUUCACAUGGGGUGAAGCCUUUAGUUUACAUUUUAAAUUUCAAUCACGUUUACCUCAAACUCAUGGAGUGAUGGAUAUAUUAUCAAAUCAGAUAUUGCUUUAGUGGAAUCAAGAGAACUGUGGUGGUGAUUUCUUCAGAAUCAUAAAGUCAUUUCUUUUUACAAAUUAAUAUUUUGGCAUUAUUUCACUUCUUUUUUAAAGCAUAGGUUUAAAUUAUACUUAAACUGCAUAGCAUGAUCAUGAAAAACAGUCUCUUGAGAUUGAACAUAGAUUAAAUAAUAUCCCUUCAAGCCUCAUUUUAAGAAAGGCUUGAAGAAAUUAAUAUCAUACCCAGAAAAGGAAAGUCUCUCCCAGACUAGAGCCUUAGGAAACUUCAAAUCAACUCCUUGAUAGCUACUUGAUUUACCCAGAUAAUGUUUUUAAGAGACAGAUCUCAAAGGAAAAUUCCUAAAGCCUUAAAUAUACCUAUUUUCUAUUCACUGGUAACAAUAAAAUUUCCAAAUCUUGGAUACAAUGUACCCUAAAAUCUAACCUAGUUAUCUUUUGGCCAUAGAUUAAGAAUUUCUUGUUUGCUUUCUCUAAUUAUUCAAGUAAAAAUUACUUCUUUAGUUUAAAAAGGGCCAGGGGGCAGAGGCUGAGGGAUGUUUUUUUCUUGGUUUUUGUCCAAGAUCUUUGCACCUUAAUAUUCAUGGACUAUUUCAAGUGAAGGAGGAUAAAUAUGUGAUUGUGAAUUAUGAACAGAAUAGUGUAGUAUCUUAAUUAAAUUGUUAUUGAAUAAUAUAGAGUAUUUGAUGCAUGUUGUUUGUGCCAUCAAAUUAUUAUCAACUGUUUUUGAAACUGAAGACUCUAUAUAGUCAAUGGUUGUGAAAUUCUCCUCAGGCUUUUCAAACCCUUGCAUUGUUGUAAAAGCUGAAAUAAACAGCUUGCAAGAUAGUAAUUGUAUUUCUUGCUGACCAGAUCCUACUAAAUACUAUUGAUUUCUCUGAUUACAAAAACUCAUUGUUUAUUAUCAGUAGUUUCACCCAAAAUGCUUUUUCCUUUGCCAAAGAUAAAUUGAAUAGAAAGAAGAUGACAAAUUUUAAACCACAUGGUGGUGUGUGUCCCCAUGGUGAUCUUUGUUCAAAGUAAUGUACUUAUAUUCACUGUUGCUGAGCUCCUCCAGUUUUGCAUAUAUCCAAAUUAAAAAGUAGAGGUAGUCUGAAAGCUUGAUUUAGAUUGUCUCCAUUUGGAACGUUGCUUUACUGGAGUUCUGUUUAAUGCCAUUAGUCCAAAAACUCAUUGCUCCAGUUUCAGCAUUCAGAAAAGGUAUAGACCCCUUAAUUCUGUAGGUAUUCUAUGGUGAAGAAAAAGGGUAAAAUAGUAAGCAUAGAAAUUCUUCUGGUAUCUGGCAAACAGGAGGAAUGGAUCUUGUAACUAGUAUACAUUGUAAAGCCAAUGUGCCUAUAUCUCCUGUUUUCCUUCUAAUGAGAACCUAGAAAAAUCUCUUCCUUCAUCUACACAUCACUUCCUCUGUCUGUAGUUUAUCAGUUGUUUUAUAAGAUUAUGUUCAUCUGAACAAAAAAAGAAUAAGAAGAACAUUAAUAGAUCACUAAAAAGGGAGUAUUUAGCAUAAUACUUUACAAUUUACAGUAGUAUUAUGUUUGUUCACGUAACAGAGUCCAGAAUCUUCUUCCCUGAAUUACAGUGUAUACUUCUCCAAUGGCUUCCCUUUUAAAGGGAGGGCAUAUAUAUGUUGCUUCUUUCCUAAUGUUAGCAGUGUCUUGGGAGAUUUCUGUUUCCUGAAAUACCAUUUCGGUUAAAUCUUCUACAUACCGUAUGUACUAGGUCACAAUAUCAGGUGUGAGCUCCGAUUGCCAACUGUAGUUUUUUUUAAAAAGUUUGAACAGUCUAGAUUGUGUAAUGCCUAUUACACAAUUAGAUAAAGUAUAGUGUAGAUCCACAACUCAAGAGCCCUUCAGAUUGUAAGCACUAUCCUUAGAAUGAGAAGAUAGGAUAGUUCUCACUUAGGCUUAUAAAACAUUUUUCUUUGCUAGCAUGUGACUCUCACUGUGAUUCAGUGAGACCAGAAAAAAAUGCAUGAAAAAAUUAGAUCUACAAAUGGCACCCAAAGACCAUGGCUAUCUUUUACUUAGGUAUAUUUCAACCUCCUAAUCACUAAGCAUUUUACUAUAAUUGGGGACAAAAGUUUUCCUUUUGAGUAAGUUGAAUUUGUUCCAUCUACCUUCUGGCUGAUUUACCAUAACAGGUGGCAAAAGCCCAUAAAAAUGGGGAAUAUAUAUGUCACUUUCUUGUAGGCCCAAAAUAUUCAUUUGCUGGGGGGUACUGUCCAAAUAUCACUCAUUUUAACUAAAGGAGCAGUAAGAAUAUUAAAAGAUCACUGAUAAGGAGUCUUUAGCAUAGCAUUUUACAACUUACAAAAUUUUUUUAAAUAAUGGAUUUUCCCAUUUCUUUAAGAAAGUGUAGACAACUUGCAUUCCUUAUACCAGACUCAAUGCACAACUUAGUCAACCUGAUAUCCUUUGGUGCUAUGCAGUAUCACAAAUAGCUCCUUUACUCUAUAAAGGAACCCAUUUUACCUUUGCCUAAUCCUUUAAACAUCCUUUUGAAGUUGCAUCUUAUGGUUUAUGCUAACCCAGUAAAGGUAGUGCUAGCUGGCUAAAAUUUCAUGAUUCUUAUGAUCUGUAUUUUUAGUUAUAAUGGCCAGUAUACCCAUUAGUACAACUCUUAAUCCCCACCCCGCCCCCACACUUUUAUUUGGUUAAAGUGCUGUUUGUUUUAGAACUGUGCUGUAAGCAAGGCUAGCACCUUGCUGCAUCCUGCUGUAUUACGAAUCUCAUUUGCAUCUAAUUGAAACUUUUCUACUUUAUUUCCUCUUUUGUAAAAUAAAUUGGCCCAUGCCACUUUAAAAAUGUACUUUAAAAUUAUGGCUUAGUUCUAGUUUUUUUAAAAAGCAUAUGGCUUUUAAAAAUACACAUAAUUUUGGUUACCCAAAGAGCUAUGCAAGAAAUACAAUUUCAAAUUUUAUAGGUAGAUAUAUUUUUUAAAUUUUAUUACUGUAUACAAAUGUAAAUUAAUUUGUAAAAUAGUUUAUCACCUACUGUGAUAGGUAUCAAACUGCUUUGAUUGAAAAUCUCUGUCAUGAAUACGAUUCAUUUCAUAUUGCUGAUAUAUUAAUGACGUGUUCCUUUUAUGACAUUCUUGUAACAAGAAAUCCUGUGAGUCUGGUAUAAUAAAGUGUGUAAUAAUUAGAAGUUUACUUAAAGGAGAACAUGUUUAAAACGUCAACAUUUCUUGUUAUGCCAUGAUACCUCCAGUUUUUGGUUACCAAAAAGUUCCCAAUUCUUGCACUGAAAAACAUUCAAAUAACAAUAUCGUAUAGGUUACAUUGAAAUAUUGUCAAUAUCAAUGAUUAUACUCAUGUAACCCACAAACUAUUAGAAAUUAUAUCUAGGACUUGUUACAAGGUAAGAUAGGUUUUUGUAAACUUCUUAAAGUUAUUAUCAUCUCUUUAUGUAACUGUAUUAAACUUAAUAAUGAAGUUUUCAGGGAAGGUACACUUUAAAAAUACUUUUUCUUGCUACUCUGUAUAUUGACCAAAUAAUCUCACAUCUUUGUAAUGCUUAUUCUUUGGUUGCUAUUGGUUAUGAUAGUUCCUGCAUCACUGAAAUGUUUCUUGUUCCUUUUAUAAGUGGGCUCAGCCCAGUUGUCUGUUACACAACCUCUGCUUUAGUUUAUUUUGAUAAGACAAUCUAUAAACCUCAAUAUUUACAGUGAAAUUCAUAGUCUUGAAACCGACCUUAGUCUUUUUGUUUUUGCUCCCCUAAUUGGGUUGGCCAUCCUCACUAAUGACUUCUCUCUGAACAGUAUUUUCUUGGUACUGGUAGAUUUGGAUUGAUUGCAUGAUAAAGAUGAGUGCCCAGUUUAACCAUGUGUAUCUUUUUCAAAUAAACUGAGUACAAUAACACCUUCUAA